UUCAUUUUUUAAAAAAAUUGAGCCAUCAGAAAAUAAGGAUAACAAUACAUCAAGGUAUGUUGUUUAAAAUUGACAAAAUUAAAUAAAUAAAAUAUUAAAAUUAUUCUACAACAUUGGACGUAUGUUCAAUUUAAAUUCAAAUGCUAUUUUUUUACAUGAUGAAUCAACACGUUUUAUAACUGCUCAUGUUUGUAAUUGGUAUGUUAAUGUCAGUAGUAAAGCCAAAGUCAGUGAUGUUGUUGAUGAUGCUGUUGAAGGAAAAAGAAAGAGAGAUAAUAAAACCGACAACAGUCCCAGUUCUCCACCAACGAAAAAAAAUAAUAUCGUUAAAAAAACUAAAUCAACAGUAAAAAAAUUAGACUCUAAUAAGAAAAAACCUAAGCCAGAAACGAGUAUAAUCAAAAAUUUAAAUAAAUCUAAAUUUUUUGAGGAUAAAAAAGAUGAAGUUGUUGUUAAAAAAUCAACUAAAAAAAGAGCUAGAAUUAUUGAGCCAUCAUCUAGUGAUGAAGAAACUCAAGUUACUCCAGAAAAAGAUGAGGCAACAGAUGAAUCAACUUCUAACAAUGGAAAAUUAACAAUAUCAUCAGACUCAGAAUCAGAUUGUGAAGAAAAAUCAAAUAAAAAAGAAAAAUCAUUAUCACCAGCUAAAAAAACAACAGCAGAUUCAGAAGAAUCUUCACCAGAUGAUGAUAAAAAAAAUACAGAAAAAGAAGAUAAUAAUGAUAAAUUAUCACCAACAAAAAAAUCUAAGAAAAAUUCUGUAAAAAAUGAUGACAAAAAAUCAUCUCCAUCAUCAUCAAAAAAACCAGUUAAAAAUAUGAGUUCAUUUUUUGGUAAAAAACAAGAUAAAACAGAAAAAUCAAAUAAAAAAGAAAAAUCAUUAUCACCAGAUAAAAAAACAACAGCAAAAUCAGAAGAACCUUCAACAAAUGAUGAUGAAAAAAAUACAGAAAAAGAAGAUGAUAAUGAUAAAUCAUCACCAAAAAAAAAUUCUGUAAAAGAUGAAGAAAAGAAAUCAUCUCCAACAUCAUCAAAAAAACCAGCUAAAAAUAUGAGUGCAUUUUUCGGUAAAAAACAAGAUAAAACAGAAGCACAACAAGAAAUAAAAUAUGAUCCAAGUGCUAAAAAAUAUCAUCCAAUUGAUGAUGCAUGUUGGAAAAAAAAUGAAAAAGUACCAUACAUUGCAUUAACAAAAACAUUUGAAUUAAUUGAAGACACAAGUUCACGUUUAAAAAUGAUUGAUAUACUUGCAAAUUAUUAUCGUUCAGUAAUAGUACUAAGUCCAGAUGAUUUAUUACCAAGUAUUUAUUUAUGUUUAAAUAGUUUAGCACCAUCAUAUGAAGGUAUAGAACUUGGUCUUGCUGAUACAACAUUAAUGAAAGCAAUUGCUCAAUGUACUGGUCGUACAAUGUCACAAAUAAAAUCUGAUAUUCAUAAAAUUGGUGAUAUUGGUAGUGUUGCUGAAAAUUCACGUUCAAAUCAACGUAUUAUGGUACAACCAUCACCAUUAAUGGUCAGUCAUGUAUUUACAAAGCUACGUGAAAUUGCAAAUUUAUCUGGUAGUUCAUCAGUUGAAAAAAAAGUUAAUAAAAUACAAUCACUAUUUGUAGCAUGUCGUGAAAGUGAAGCAAAAUUUUUAAUACGUUCAUUAGCUGGUAAGCUACGUAUUGGUCUUGCUGAACAAUCAGUACUAUCAGCAUUAUCAAUGGCAUGUACAUUAACACCACCAAAUCAAAGUAAUUAUCCACCAGAAAUAAUUGAUGCCAGUAAAAAUUUAACAGCUGAUAAAUUUAAAGAAAAAUAUGAUAAAAUAUCAUUAAUUAUUAAAACAACAUACUGUGAAUGUCCAAAUUAUAAUUUAAUAAUACCAGUUAUAUUUAAUGAUGGUGUUUAUGAAUUACCAAAUAAAUGUAAGCUACGUCCAGGUGUACCAUUAAAACCAAUGCUUGCACAUCCAACAAAAGGUGUACAAGAAGUAUUAAAACGUUUUGAUGGUUUGAAAUUUACAUGUGAAUGGAAAUAUGAUGGUGAAAGAGCACAAAUACAUGUUGAUGAUGAUGGUAAUAUAACAAUAUAUUCACGUAAUCAAGAAAAUAAUACAUCAAAAUAUCCUGAUAUUAUAAAACGUUUAACAAAUAUAUUAAAUCGUGAUAAAAUUAAAAGUUGUAUUCUAGAUUGUGAAAGUGUUGCUUGGGAUAAUGAUAAAAAACAAAUAUUACCAUUCCAAAUAUUGAGUACAAGAAAACGUAAAAAUGCAAAUGAAUCAGAUAUUAAAGUACAAGUAUGUGUAUUUAUGUUUGAUUUAUUAUAUUUAAAUGGUGAAUCACUUGUACAAGAGCCAUUUUCAAAAAGACGUGAUUUAUUAAAAAAUCAUUUUGAAGAAAUUGAAGGUGAAUGGAAAUUUGCAACAUGUCUUGACACAACAAAAAUUGAAGAAGUACAAGAAUUUUUAGAAGAAAGUAUCAAGGGUAAUUGUGAAGGUUUAAUGAUUAAAACACUUGAUGAAGAUGCAACAUAUGAAAUUGCAAAAAGAUCAAGAAAUUGGUUGAAGCUAAAAAAAGAUUAUUUGGAAGGUAUUGGUGAUACAAUUGAUGUUGUUGUUAUUGGUGGUUAUAUUGGUAAAGGUAAAAGAACUGGUACAUAUGGUGGUUUUUUGUUGGCAUGUUAUGAUUCAACAAAUGAAGAAUAUCAAAGUAUUUGUAAAAUUGGUACUGGUUUUUCUGAGGAUGAUUUAACAAAACAUACGGAAUUUUUAAAAGAUCAUAUUGUUAAAACUGGUAAAUCAUAUUAUCGUGUUGAUUCAUCAUUAGAGCCAGAUCAUUGGUUUGAACCAGUACAAGUUUGGGAAAUUAAAUGUGCUGAUUUAUCAUUGUCACCAGUUCAUACUGCUGCUGUUGGUAUUGUUGAUUCAUCAAAAGGUAUAUCAUUAAGAUUUCCAAGAUUCAUUAAAAUUCGUGAUGAUAAAAAUCCUGAAGAUGCAACAUCAGCCCAACAAAUUGCUGAUAUGUAUAAUAAUCAAGAACAAAUUAUUAAUCAACAAGCUAACAAUUCUGCUAAUGUUGAUGAAGAUGAUUAUUAAUUUUUAGUUUUAUUUUUUCUUAAUUUUUUAUUU